CCACCAUUGUCAUGUCUCGAAUAUUGCAUUUUUAGGUUUGCGACGGAUUUUCAUACCAUGCUUUUCGUUUGUGUAUCUUUCACUAUAAUGGACAAUAGGAGCGGGCCCGGACGACUACAGAUCUUGAAAUGCUCAUCGAUAUAGUAUGGGACCACGGGGACAGGCCGCAGUAUCUCAUGUGUCGGCUCAUUGUCUCUUUCCCAGAGACAUAGGCAGGCCAGAAGCGUUCUUGGGGUACGUGACCCCACAAACAGGCCGGAAGUAGCCCAGACUUUGCCGCGCAGAAGUAGGCUCCUCAACAUGAGACAUAGGAUGCGGCUCUUGCCGAGCAAUUGGCAUGAUAUAGCGACCGAGCAAACGUCAACUUGCCACUGUAUGUCGUGCUAGAGAUGGCGUUGGCCUCGAUUGAAUAGUACGCGUUCUCCUUGAAAACUGACUAUGCCCAUCGUAAGGUUUAUAUAACGGUAUUCCAAUCGCAUAUCCUAUGCAUACUGUCCUCAACGCCUGGACUGCUUCACCAAUCCAGCCCGCGAUCACCAUGUCGAGUAAAAACGACAUUGAGGAGGUCAUAUCCCCCAGCAAUUCGCGCGACGAUGAGCCUGCCGUGGUCCGCGAUGGCAAUUUGGCAUACACGUACGUACAGGCGGGGAACGGCUCAGGACCUUCCUACCAAGAAGCCGUCGGCGCGCCCGUAGAGUCGAAGUCUCCACUGGGCUAUCAUGUUGGCUGGAUGACGGUGAUUUUUUUGAACGUGAACCAGAUGAUUGGAACUGGUAUCUUCUCAACGCCCGCAACCAUUCUUCGUGGAACGGGCUCUAUCGGACUGGCCCUGAUAUACUGGACCAUCGGUUUCAUCAUGGCAAUUGCUGGAUUUUCGACCUACUUGGAGUUUGCAAGCUAUUUCCCCAAUCGCAGUGGCUCCGAGGUGGCCUAUCUAGAGCAGGCGUAUCCGCGACCAAAGUACUUGAUGCCCAUCGCCUUCGCUGUUCAAUCCGUUUUCCUGUCCUUUAGUAGCAGCAACGCCAUCGUCUUAUCGAGAUACAUCUGGCAAAUCGCCGGUAAGGCGCCCAGUGAUUGGGAACUCAAAGGCGUCGCCAUUGCUGCAUAUACCUUGGCUGUUAUUUGCGUUAUCGCUCACAACCGAUACUCUCUCUGGGCAGUCAAUGUCCUUGGUGUGUUUAAGAUUGUGACGCUCAUUUUCAUCAGCAUUGUCGGCUUUGUUGUUCUCGGCGGUCAGGUCUCAUCUGUCGAGGACCCUGGCCAGAAUUUCCGCAACUCUUUCGAAGGUAGCUCGACUAACGGCAACAGCCUCGCUAGUGCCCUGGUCAAUAUCGUUUUCUCGUACUCCGGCUACCAGAACGCGUUCAACGUCACCAAUGAGAUCCAGAACCCCAUCAAGACGAUCAAGAAGAACGGCAUUAUAUCCAUUGUCUUGGUUGCAACACUCUACAUCUUCUGUAACAUUGCAUACUUCGCUGCUGUCCCUAAGGGCGUUUUCAUCAAGUCCAACGAAGUUGCUGCUGCGGUGUUCUUUACCAAGGUCUUUGGCAAAGGCGCUGCUGAGACUGUGCUGAAUGUUCUCGUGCUUCUCAGCGCCUUUGGAAAUCUGCUGGCGGUUCUCAUCGGACAAUCACGAAUGAUACGUGAGGUUGGUCGCCAGGGUGUCCUCCCAUUCACUUCGUUCUGGGUCUCCACGAAGCCAUUCGGUACGCCUCUCGGCCCUUAUCUACUAAAAUGGGCUGUGACCAUGAUCACUAUCGUUGCCCCGCCAGCUGGAGAUGCUUUCCAAUUCGUCGUCAGCUUGAAAACAUAUCCGGAAGGGAUGUUUCAUCUUGCUCUUGCUGUUGGGCUGUAUCUUGUGCGCCGCCGAUUCAAGCGCGUCGGCCGCGACAGGACAGAUUUCAGAGCGUGGCACGUCCUCAUUAUACUGUUUAUCCUCAUCCAGGUAUACAUCCUCGUUAUGCCUUGGUUUCCACCUGCGGGCGGUGCAACAUCUGGAACAGUCAGCUUCUGGUACGCAACGUAUUGUGUUGUUGGCAUUGGAAUCAUUGUCGUAUGCGGAAUCUACUAUCUUAUGUGGAUGCACGUUAUUCCAAAGUGGCGCAAAUAUACAAUCAAGACUGAGAUUGUGCCGGUUGACGAUAACGGCGCAACCACGCACCGACUAGUCAAAGUUCCUCUAGACCAGCUUGAGGACUGGAAGAAAAACCACGGCGAAGCUGGUAACCUUACUCAGAUCCGUUCUAGGGCUUGAUAACACUUAGCUCUACAAGCUGUUAAUAGAUUUCCGUAACUAGGGAUAACGUGUUUUAUAAGCAAGUCGCCUACCCAACACAGCACUACGCCUACGCAACAACUUUGCGCAACGCUACAACAAAAUUAAGUAGUUUACAGGAUAGUAAAAUCUUAUUUGG